CUGUAAUAGGGUACUAAUGAAGCACAGACCGGAACAACCUGCUCCCGGAUGCAUAUUCUACUCUUGCAUAAUUGCAUUGUUUCCAUAGAUUACUAUUUUAUAUCAAGAGUUCAAAAGGCAUCUACGAUAAAUAUCAAAACUUUUUUUAUAUAUCAAUAUCGAUACCGAUUUGGUAAUUUUUAAUAUAUACAAAGACACUACUUAUUUUGAGUCGUAAAUUCUACUUAGUAUAUUUGUUAAAUCACGGAGAUUUGAAUUACCGUUCUGUUUGUUUAAUAAUAAAUCAGCAGUCGUCAUUUGUUUUGUUUAGGUCUGCGGGUGAUCAUUAACAAUAAAUCAUAAUAAUCAUAAAAUCAUAAAUCUAUAAUGCCGGCUGAGAAAUCAAUUUAUAUCCAUAAAUAUUCAGUUGAUUUAUAAAAACACGUUCCAGUUCUUUUAUACCCCAAGAAAUAUGUCUUCUGCAUUUUUAACAACGGAUUCGUCGGAGCAAAUAACGCCUUUAUUUAAGGCUAACACAACGAAUCCAAAACGACUUUUUGAAAUUCUCAAAGGUGUUAGCUUGAAAAAAAAAGACUUGGGUCAUAUGUCUAUAACACGUAAUGGUAUAUCCGUGAAAACCGGUUCAACUGGUCAAUUUCAAGCUGUAACGUUCAUUCCGCGCGAAUUCUUCUAUUCAUAUACUUUUAAUGGAACGGAAACACUUGAAAUUGUUAUUAUAUUAUCAGAUCUGUAUGGAAUUUUAGGGAUUGUCCAAGAUGAUUAUGAUUCUUUUGAUCAACCUUUGGAUGAGGAAUAUCACUCUUUACAAGGAUAUUCUUCUGAACUAGGAGAUCAAGAAGGUCAACAACAGUUAUUCACAGAUGACGGUGGUGAUGAAUCAAUUACGAGUAAUGAAUUCGGAUUCAACUAUCAAGAACUUGAAGCAUCAUUUGAAUAUGAGAGAGAGGAUGCAACAUUUAAUGUAAACUUAUUUGAUAAUACGACUUCAAGUAUGAUUGAAAUAAUUCCUGUAUUACAAGAACCAUUACAUGAUAUUCCUGAACCACCAAAUAAGGUUAUCUUUUUCAAAAUUUUAUUUUACGAAUUGAAAAAGAUUCUAAGAGACUGCAUCAAAACUGGAUCAAAAUUUCGAUUGAAUGGAUACAAACAUGAAAUAACCGUAUUGAGAUUUAGUAGUCGUAAUGAACAUCAAUUUGUUGAACAUUCUAUUAGACCCGAUGCAUUUUUUCAAUACAGGAUUAAUGAUGAUUUUCAAUUCACGUACGUAAAAAGAUACCCAAAGCAACACAUUCAACCUUUGUUAUCCUUACUUAUCAAUAAAAAGGAAAAUAUAGAAGUGGCAAUUUAUACAAAUGGACUAAUGAAGAUGAAGUUUUGCCCUGGUGAUGUACAUAAUUCAUACGUAAAUUAUAUGGUAAGUAUAUGUGUAAUUGUGAACAUGAAGUAUUUUAUUAUAAUAAGUUGACCUUUUUUUUUAAAAAAAAAAGAUGACGACAAUGGUUGAAGGCG